CAUCUGCCUGCCCAGGUCCCUAAGGGCCGGGCUAGCGGCCUGCCCACAGCCUCCGGCGGCAAGCGUUUCCAACUCUGGGCCCUGGGACUCUUCUGCACCGAGCGCCACCUAGCCAGGCGCCUCAGGAGCAACAGCUUCUACCCGUUCACGCAGCAGCAGCCGGACGUCUUCGUCCUCGAGUACUACCUGGACACGCUGUGGAAAGGGGCUCUGCUCUUCGUGGUUUGCGUGGUCCUGGUCAGCUUCAGCUCCCUAAGACAGGUGCAGAAGCAGGAGACUUGGGGCUUUCUCGCGUACGGUGUGGGCGUGGGCCUGUGGCUCAUCGUCUCGUCGCUGCCGCGGCGCCGCCUGGUGCUGAACCACACGCGUGGCGUGUACCACUUCUCCAUCCAGGGCCGGACCGUGUGUCAGGGCCCCAUGCACCUGGUCUACGUGCGCCUGGCUCUCAGCUCCGACGCCUACGGAAGAUGCUUCUUCCAACUGGUCCUUGGUGGCCACAAACUGGAGCCGCUGGUGCUGGUGCAGCUGUCGGAGCGCUACGAGCAAAUGGAAUACCUGGGCCGUCACAUCGCUCGGAAACUCAACCUUAACUACUUCGAUUACUUGGCCACAUCCUACCGACAUGUGGUCCGCCACUGGCCGCUGGGGGCCGCCUUUAGCCCAGGCCUCGUUAGGCGCAAGACCCAGGCAUACGGCAGGCCCAGCCUCUCUGAUUCCGACCUGGAGGUGUGACUCUGAGGGCCUCUGCUCCACCUCUUCCUCGCCUCCAGGACUGUGUUCUUUGGUGCAUUAGGGCACAGGGAAUGCGAGGCCCACCCUCUGUCC